AUGGUCGCCAUCCUUGGCAGCCCUGCGAGGAGAUUGUGGACUGGCACAGCCCCUGCCAGUGAUGGGAAGUGGUGCUCGGUGGCAGCAGUGAAGCUCUCUGAGUAUGGUGACACUCAAUAUGGGGCAGCCUUCCUCCUGGGAGAGCUUUUGGCUCAUUUGAGGAUUCGAAUUGCAGCCUUAAAUGCCAGCUCUACAGUUGAGGAUGAUCAUGAAGGAAGCUUUAAAAGCCACAAAACACAGACCAAGGAGGCCCAGGAAGCAGAGGCUUUUGCCUUGUAUCACAAGGCCCUGGACCUCCAGAAACAUGACCGGUUUGAGGAGUCAGCCAAGGCCUACCAUGAACUCCUGGAGGCGCGCCUGCUGCGAGAGGCAGUUUCGUCUGGUGAUGAGAAAGAAGGGUUGAAGCACCCUGGGCUGAUGCUGAAAUAUUCCACAUAUAAGAACCUGGCCCAGCUGGCAGCCCAGCGAGAAGACCUGGAGACAGCCAUGGAAUUCUACUUGGAGGCAGUCAUGCUGGACUCCACGGAUGUCAACCUCUGGUAUAAAAUUGGACACGUGGCCCUGAGGCUCAUCCGGGUCCCCCUGGCUCGCCACGCUUUUGAGGAAGGGCUCCGGUGCAAUCCUGACCACUGGCCCUGCUUGGACAACCUCAUCACUGUCCUGUACACCCUCAGUGAUUACACAACAUGUCUCUACUUCAUCUGCAAAGCUUUGGAGAAGGACUGCCGGUACAGCAAAGGACUGGUUCUCAAGGAAAAGAUCUUUGAAGAACAGCCUUGUCUCCGGAAGGACUCCCUCCGAAUGUUCCUUAAAUGUGACAUGUCAAUCCAUGAUGUGUCAGUGAGCGCAGCUGAGACGAAGGCCAUUGUAGAGGAGGCCCUGGGGCUGCGGAAGAAGAGGCAAGCGUUGACCGUGCGGGAGAAGGAGCCAGACUUGAAGUUGGUGCAGCCCAUCCCCUUCUUCACCUGGAAGUGUCUCGGGGAGAGUUUACUGGCCAUGUACAACCACCUCACCACCUGUGAGCCCUUGCGGCCCAGCCUCGGCAAGAGGAUCGACCUGUCUGACUAUCAGGACCCCAGCCAGCCUCUGGUGUCUUCUGUGGUGGUGGCACCUGUCAGCGUGAUCCAACCAAGCCCCAUCCCUGCCAAUCCAGCUGUGACUGUGGCAGAACCCGUGGUCUCCUAUGCCCCUGUGGCUGCAGCCAGCUUCCCACUGCAUAGUCCCAGCCUGCUGGAGACUGGUGUUCCUGCAGGUGAUGUUUCUGGGGGAGAUAAAUCCAAGAAAGGAGUAAAACGGAAGAAGAUUGCAGAAGAGAGUGGAGAGACCGCGAAGCGGCGUUCUGCCCGUGUACGAAACACUAAGUGCAAGAAAGAAGAGAAAGUAGACUUCCAGGAGCUUCUGAUGAAAUUCUUGCCAUCUAGGCUAAGAAAGCUGGACCCGGAGGAAGAAGAUGAUCCCUUUAAUACCUAUGAAGUGCAGUCAGAAGCCAAACUGCAAAGCUUCCCGAACAUUGGACCUCAUAGACUGUCGUUUGACUCAGCUACGUUUAUGGAGUCUGAGAAGCAGGAUGUGCAUGCAUUCCUACUGGAAAACCUGACCAAUGGGGGCAUUCUGGAGCUGAUGAUGCGCUACCUGAAGGGCAUGGGCCAUAAGUUCCUGCUGAGGUGGCCGCCGGGCCUGGCGGAGGUUGUGCUCAGCAUCUAUCACAGCUGGAGGAGGCACAGCACCAGCCUGCCCAACCCACUGCUGAGGGACUGCAGCAACAAGCACAUCAAGGAUAUGAUGCUGAUGUCUCUGUCCUGCAUGGAGCUCCAGCUGGACCAGUGGCUGCUGACCAAGGGCAGAAGCUCUGCAGUGUCUCCUCGGAGCUGCCCCGCUGGUGUGGUGAAUGGCAGGUUUGGGCCUGAUUUCCCAGGAACCCACUUCCUGGGUGACCUCCUGCAGCUAUCAUUUGCCUCAUCCCAGCGGGACCUGUUUGAGGAUGGCUGGCUGGAGUUUGUGGUCCGUGUUUAUUGGUUGAAGGCUCGGUUCCUGGCAUUGCAGGGAGACAUGGAGCAGGCCCUGGAGAACUAUGACAUCUGCACAGAAAUGCUCCAGAGCUCCACUGCCAUCCAGGCUGAGGCAGGGGUUGAGCAAAGAGACCUUGUCAUCCGCCUGCCCAACCUCUACAAUGACUCUGUCGUUUCCCUGGAGGAGAUUGAUAAGAACCUGAAGUCGCUGGAGCGGUGCCAGUCCCUGGAGGAGAUUCAGCGGCUGUACGAGGCUGGUGACUACAAAGCCGUUGUGCAUCUGCUCCACCCAACCUUGUGUACCAGUGGAUUUGACCGAGCCAAACACCUGGAGUUUAUGACUUCCAUUCCAGAGAGACCAGCCCAGCUGCUGCUGCUGCAGGACUCCUUGCUCCGGUUGAAGGACCACCGGCAGUGUUUUGAGUGCUCCGAUGUGGCUCUGCACGAGGCCGUCCAGCAGAUGGUGAAUGCGAGUGAGUCCGCAGCCAAGGAAGAGUGGGUGGCCACGGUGACCCAGCUACUGCUGGGCAUCGAGCAGGCACUCUCGGCUGACAGCAGUGGCAGCAUCCUGAAGGAAUCAUCGUCCUCCACUGGCCUCACCCGGCUCACCAACAACCUCAUCCAGGUCAUUGACUGCAGCAUGGCCGUCCAAGAGGAGCCCAAGGAGCCCCAUGUCUCCUCAGUGCUGCCCUGGAUCAUCCUGCAUCGAAUCAUCUGGCAGGAAGAGGACACCUUCCACUCCCUGUGUCACCAGCAACAGCUUCAGAACCCAACGGAUGAAGUGAUGGCUGAGACGCCCAUGCUCCCAUCCUCCCUCAUGCUGCUCAACACUGCCCACGAGUAUUUGGGGAGAAGGUCCUGGUGCUGCAAUUCCGAUGGGGCUCUACUGCGAUUCUAUGUACGCGUUCUCCAGAAGGAACUUGCUGCAUCCACCUCUGAAGACACGCACCCCUACAAGGAGGAGUUGGAGACCGCCUUGGAACAGUGCUUCUACUGCCUGUACAGCUUCCCUAGCAAGAAGAGCAAGGCCAGGUACCUGGAGGAGCACUCAGCCCAGCAGGUGGACCUUAUAUGGGAGGACGCUCUGUUUAUGUUUGAGUAUUUUAAGCCCAAGACCCUUCCUGAAUUUGACAGCUACAAGACCAGCACUGUGUCUGCUGACUUGGCCAACCUUCUGAAGAGGAUCGCCACCAUUGUGCCCCGCACAGAAAGGCCGGCCCUGAACCUGGACAAAGUCUCUGCCUACAUUGAGGGCACCUCGGCCGAGGUGCCCUGCCUUCCAGAAGGGGCCGACCCCUCCCCUCCGGUGGUGAAUGAGCUCUACUACCUCCUGGCUGAUUACCAUUUCAAAAACAAGGAGCAGUCUAAGGCUAUCAAGUUCUACAUGCAUGACAUCUGCAUCUGCCCCAACAGGUUUGAUUCCUGGGCAGGCAUGGCCCUGGCCCGGGCCAGUCGCAUUCAGGACAAACUGAACUCCAAUGAGCUGAAGAGUGAUGGUCCCAUCUGGAAGCACGCCACACCUGUCCUGAACUGUUUCCGGCGGGCCCUGGAGAUCGACAGCUCCAACCUGUCCCUGUGGAUCGAGUAUGGCACCAUGUCCUAUGCCUUGCACUCCUUUGCCUCGCGCCAGCUGAAGCAGUGGAGAGCUGAGCUGCCCCCUGAGCUCGUACAGCAGAUGGAGGGCCGGCGCGACAGCAUGCUGGAGACAGCCAGGCACUGUUUCACGUCGGCGGCCCGCUGUGAGGGCGACGGUGAUGAGGAAGAGUGGCUCAUCCACUACAUGCUGGGCAAGGUCGCCGAGAAGCAGCAGCAGCCUCCCGCUGUUUACCUGCUGCACUACAGACAGGCUGGCCACUACUUGCACGAAGAGGCUGCCCGCUACCCCAAGAAGAUCCACUACCACAACCCACCUGAGUUGGCCAUGGAGGCCCUGGAGGUGUACUUCCGGCUCCACGCUUCCAUCUUGAAGCUCCUGGGGAAGCCCGACUCUGGGGUCAGUGCAGAGGUCCUGGUCAACUUCAUGAAGGAGGCUGCAGAAGGACCCUUUGCCAGGGGCGAGGAGAAGAACACGCCCAAAGCUUCAGAGAAAGAGAAGGCCUGCCUGGUGGAUGAGGACUCCCACUCUUCAGCUGGGACACUGCCGGGCCCCGGAGCCUCCCUCCCCUCCUCCUCUGGCCCAGGUCUGACAUCCCCACCUUACACAGCUACUCCGAUUGACCACGAUUACGUCAAAUGUAAAAAACCCCACCAGCAGGCGACGCCGGACGAGCGCAGCCAGGAUAGCACGGCAGUGGCGCUCUCGGACUCCAGCUCGACACAGGACUUCUUUAAUGAGCCUGCCAGCUCACUGGAGGGCUCUCGGAAACUCUAUGUGGAGAAGAAGCUGCCUGUUCCCAGUUCCCAAGUGGGCCCGACUGGUAAAGACCUUCAGGGGCCCACAGAGGAAAGAGGGAAAACUGAGGAGUCCUUGGAGAGCACGGAAGGCUUCCGGGCCACAGAGCAAGGCAGCCAGAAGCCUGCUGCAGACCCCCCGGCCUCUGCCUGCAUUGCUGCCAAACCCCCAGCAUCUGCACCUGCCCUGUGGGAUGGGAGGAAGAGAGCGGACACCCUGGGGGAGCCCGCAGCCUUUCCCCAGGGGCUGCCGGCUGGGGCAGAAGAGCAGCGCCAGUUCCUCACCGAGCAGUGCAUUGCCUCCUUCCGCCUGUGCCUCAGCCGCUUCCCCCAGCACUAUAAGAGCCUCUACCGACUGGCCUUCCUCUACACCUACAGCAAGACCCACCGGAACCUCCAGUGGGCCCGCGACGUGUUGCUAGGCAGCGGUAUCCCGUGGCAACAACUGCAGCACAUGCCGGCACAGGGGCUCUUCUGCGAGAGGAACAAGACCAAUUUCUUCAACGGCAUCUGGCGGAUCCCCGUGGACGAGAUCGACCGGCCGGGCAGCUUUGCCUGGCACAUGAACCGCUCCAUUGUGCUGCUGCUCAAGGUGCUGGCCCAGCUCCGGGACCACAGCACCCUGCUGAAGGUGUCCUCCAUGCUGCAGCGGACCCCAGACCAGGGCAACCACAAGGCCAGUCCCGAGGACAGUCAAGAGGCCCUCCCCCACUCAAAGAAGCCCCCUCUGGCUGAUGGCUCAGGGCCAGCAGGCGAGCCAGGGGGCAAAGUGGGCCCCCUCAACCACCGGCCCGUGACCAUGGAGGCAGGAGACAGUGCAGACCAGUCUGGGGAGCGAAAAGACAGGGAGAGCCCCCGGGCAGGGCCUACCGAGCCUAUGGACACGGGUGAGGCCACCACUCGCUGCUCAGACUCCGAACGGGCGCCGCCCCCGCAGCCAGGCCGACCCCCCAGGGACCGGGGCCCCGAGAGCCGGCCCACUGAGCUGUCUCUGGAGGAGCUGAGCAUCAGUGCCCGCCAGCAGCCCAGCCCGCUCACACCAGCCCAGCCAGCCCCAGCCACUACCCCUGCUGCCACCACCGGGGCCAGAGUGGGCAGUCACCCCGAGGAGCCACCCACACGGCCCAGCAGAAAGAGGAAGCUCCUAGAGGACACAGAGUCGGGCAAGACGCUCCUGCUGGACGCCUACCGAGUGUGGCAGCAGGGCCAGAAGGGCAUGGCCUACGACCUGGGCCGCAUCGAGAGGAUCAUGUCUGAGACCUACAUGCUCAUCAAGCAGGUGGACGAGGAGGCUGCACUGGAGCAGGCUGUGAAGUUCUGUCAGGUCCACCUUGGGGCUGCCGCCCAGAGACAGGCCGCAGGGGACACACCCACCACCCCAAAGCACCCCAAGGACAGCCGAGAAAACUUCUUCCCUGGGGCUGGGGCUCCCACGGUUCCUGACCCUGUGCCCGCUGACACUCUCCAGCGGCCCAGUGACACUCACAACAAGCCUCGCCCGGUGCCAGCUGCCACCACGGCUAUCAUCCCCUGCCCUCCCUCAGCGUCGGCCUCCAGUCCAGACCCUUCCAAGGACCCUGGGCACCCCCGGCCACACAGGGCAGAGGCCACCCCCAGCAUGACUUCCCUGGGCUCAGACGGAGAAGAGCUGGCCGGAGGGGCAGAGGGCACGGGCUUCACGCCCCAGGAGCCACUGCACGGUGAGCAGGUGAAGACUGUUCCUGACAGCCCCUCAGCAGAGCCGCACUGCUGGCCCCCAGAGGCUGCGCCCCGGACAGGCCCUGAGCCCACCUGCAGCCAGGUCACCAGCUCCAAGGUGCCCAGUGGUGCAAGUGCCCAGUCACCCGAGGGCCCCCCCAACAAGGCAGAGCCCGGCCGGGCCAAGUCGCGCCUCCUCCCCAGCAUGCCAAAGCUGGUCAUCCCCUCGGCUGCCACCAAGUUCCCCCCUGAGAUCACCGUCACGCCGCCCACCCCGACCCUGCUCUCGCCCAAAGGCAGUAUCUCGGAGGAGACCAAGCAGAAGCUGAAGUCGGCCAUCCUAUCUGCCCAGUCGGCCGCCAACGUGAGGAAGGAGAGCCUGUGCCAGCCGGCCCUGGAGGUCCUGGAGACGUCAAGCCAGGAGUCCUCGCUGGAGAGUGAGACGGACGAGGAUGAUGACUACAUGGACAUCUAA